UUGAUACUGUACCGUUGGUGACGGCAGUCCAGUAAAUGUGCUAUCAUCGCGUGGCUGGUAGGGUAGGUCAUAUACACUCCUUGCUAUUUCAACUGCAACACCCAACCUCCCUCUCGUUACAAACCUAUUCCAUACUUUUCACCGCGUGACUAUCAAUAUGCCACCCAAAGACAAAUACACAGAUCCAGACUUGCGCGAUGAAAUCAAGCAGGAAGUCCAGGAGUCUGACAAAGGCGGCGCUCCCGGUCAGUGGAGUGCCCGCAAAGCACAAUUCAUGGCUUCAGAGUACAAGAAGCGCGGCGGUGGCUACAACACCGACAAGUCGCAGCAGGACGAGUCGCAAAAGCACCUUUCCAAGUGGACCGAGGAGGAGUGGCAGACCAAGGAGGGAUCAGGCAACGCCAAGCAGGCGGAUGGUACUGAGAAGCGGUACCUGCCGAAGAAGGCAUGGGAGAAUAUGACCGAGGAGGAGAAAGAAGAGACUGAGCAGAAGAAGCAGGAGGGCAGUAGGGAGGGUAAGCAGUUUGUACAGAAUACUGCGAAGGCUCAGCAGAGCCGUAGGCAGGCUAAUGAGGAGGAGGACGAGAAGUAUGAGAAGAAGAAGGCUCAGGAGCAGCAGUCAAAGCAGAAUGAGCAAGAUCAAGCAGGUAAUGAUGAAGACGAGCAUGCCGCUGAAGAAUAUGAUGAUGAUUCCGACGACGAAGAAGAGGACAAUGAAGCAGAGGAUUUCGAGGAUGAUGGAGAGGAUGCUGAAGGCGAGGACGGGGAGGACGGGCGGGACGACAACGAUAAUGAUGAAGAAGAUGAAGAAGUUGAUGAAGAUGGAGACGCCGAGGCAAAGACGGGCCAGAAGCGGAAGGGAGGGGCAGACAACCAAAGCAACGGCAAGUCGAAGAAGCAGAAGAGCGAAAGGUCUCAAGGGAAUGCUCCGGCAGGCAAGGUAGGCAGCAAGCACAUGGAUGCAGACGAGCCUGCGCCGCGCGGCUCAGCCGAUCGCCUUCCAAAGAAGGGGCAGAAAAUCACCUGGAAAGCUAUGCCGGGAUAUGUUGAUGGCGAGGUGACGGAAGUCCUCACUUCAGGCAAGAAGGUCGAUGGGAAGGAUGUCAAGGCGUCGAAGAAGGAUCCCAAGCUCGUUAUGAAGUCGUCAAGCUCGGGCAAGGUUUGCGUGCAUAAGCCUGAUGCGUGCUUCUAUGAUUGAAGCGCAGGAUCGAUUUGUUGAAUACCUCGAUGAACUCGACAAUAAUCUUUGCGAUGAACGUCAAACUGCGCAUGAAAUUGAGGCUCUCGAUCGAGAGAGACUAUAUUGUCUCUGAAACUGUACGAGAAGCAAGUAAUUUCGUCGAUAUUGGUUAAUUGGUCAAUUAGUUGCGUAUACGUGC